AUGGAGCCCCGCUCUGCGCCCGUCAAGAGGAAGAAGGCUGAACAGUAUCAGCGUGAUGCCCUGCGGCCAUUCGUACUUGUACGACGGGUGGGACAAUGGGGACGGCAAAAUGCAGCAAACGACGAUGAUAUCAAGGCUUCUAAUAAAAGCCCUGAGCGUCUGCACGGACGUGUAAAUGGGCGUGUUUAUAUCGCUGAUGCCGAUGGAGAUGGGGAUUCAGACACAAGCCAGUAUUCGGACGCCCACUCCAACUUCGAGCUUCCGAUAGACACCCAGAACCUCCCCGAUCCAGUUCUAGUGGUUGACGCAAUGUCGGAGGCAGAAUGUUCGAUAGCUGGACCGUCACAAGCUGUGUCCAACCCCUUCUCAUAUCCGCAAUCCGGGGACGGUGGUUCAUCCUACAGCCUGGACGACGGGGGGACUCGAGACCGGCUUAGGGAUGUUCAGAGCUCUUUGGAAACAUUUCCAAUUCAAUUUGGCACAAAAGUCAGCCCUCAAGUACCCCCCAACCCUUCCAACUUUGACCGGUUAAGGCGUCUGUGGGAAGGGGACGCUUCUGUCAGACCUGCCUUGUCGCUGCCUAACGACCAUGAAAGCAAGCCACAGGAGAGCAAGGACGGAGAUGAACUGACGCUUGAAAAAGGGAAGGCUGUCGAACGCCGACCUGACUGGACAAGUGCGGUCAAUCCUUGGGCGGGACUAAACAAAAUCAUGCACGAGGAGGGCGAACGAGAAACCCUUAUGGCAGAGAACAAUCGGCUGAAAGCGGAGCUACAAGAGCUUCGAGAUACACUCUCCAAAAAUAGCAGACGACGUUCGACCGAAACGAUAGUCGAGACACAAAUCAACACUCAAGAUGAAGCACGAGUCCCCACACAAGCCGACACAGAAGCUGGUGAAGCUGGUUUCUACGAGCCAACUCGACUUCCGGUAUCCUCGCCACGUCGAAUUAGAAGGCCGAAGUCCAAGAGGCGGCAAGACAUGACACUCUUCGAGACUACGACAUUGCGAGAUCUGGUCCUCAAGAGAAUAUUCGCACCGAAUGUCAUGAUUCGCAGACCUAACCGGCCGGAAAAUGAUCAGAAGGGUGCGGCAGUCACCCUUGACACUCCCCUAACAAGGGCGCAGAUCCAGGAAUUCAGUCGAAUAAUGAACGAUGUGAUAAUUGAGGGGCGAAACUUGAAACAGCCUAUUGCUCUUUGCGCAGUGUGUCAUUUGCCAAAGUUCAAGGAGGCUAGGGGACUGAACCAACAAUCCUAUAUUUCCGAAGUCUUGGCUCAGUGUCCGACGUUGCCGGUUACCUUCGAAGACUUCCACCCCGCCUUGGGAUUAUCACGCUGCUGCCGGAAAUAUGUGUGCAAAACUUGCCUGAGUGCAGGCAUUAUCGCAGGUAUAGCAACCCAUUGGUGGCAUGACUUGGCGAACCGUGAGUCGGCCUGGAUCAAAUGCCCUGUGCCUUGUUGCAGGCACAGUCUUCCCCUUCAGGACGGCGCCGAUGUCAUGGGCGUCCUCGAGGCAUUGUGUGUGGACGAUGUGCCCAAAUACAUUAAACAGUUUAACCACGCCAACCAACUUCGCUGCGCGCUCCAGGCAAUUGACAUGAUGCCAACGAGGGAAGAGAUGCGCCAAAGCAUGGCCCUGCACAACAGGCUUGUAAAGUACGAGAAGAUGUGGCCACUGCUGGACGACAUUCCGCCAGGUGGCGAUACCUCUGUCGAUACCACAGUCAAGGUUGAACUGAUGCCACUCGACACAGCGAACAGGCAAGGGACAUCGAAGAUACCGAUAUUCACCCAUCUGUUCCGCUCACGAGAGCCACGGGACUGCAUCGUCUGUGCCGACACUCAUCAGGAAUUCAACUACGGUGGUCCGCUACGCUGGGCCAAAGCGACGAAGGGUUUCGAGGGCGAAUGGACCUGGCGCAUACUCUCAUUCCCGGUUGCUGAGCUCCUGCCCGACUGCCAGCAUGAUUUCGACAUAUGUCGAACGUGUCUGAACAGACACAUAAUCACGCAGCUAGAACUUCAGGGCUACGGCGCCGUGGACAACAUCAACUGCCCGACCCCUGAAUGCCACCACACAUAUACACACUCGGAAAUCCGCAUCCUCGCCAUGCCCGAGACCUUCGCUAUGUACGACCGCUAUGCGGUCCUCAACUCUCUUUCGAAUCAGCCCAAUUUCCGCUGGUGCCUAGGUGAAGGCUGCACCUCGGGUGGCUUAUACGACGAUCCAUCCCAGCCGGAUGAAUCGGUUAAACCACUUUUCAAAGAGCCAAAUCGUAUCAUGUGUAGCGAAUGCAAAUUCAACAUGUGUUUCGCUUGUCAGAUACCGUGGCAUACCGGCCUCGACUGUGCGCAGCACGCGUCGCUUCAGGCCCACGGUGAUCCUAACUACUCCAGGACGCAGGAAUGGAUUGAGAGCAACACCAAGCCAUGUCCCGGGCAAGGAUGCGGCGUUCUCGUGGUCAAAGGCGAAGGCUGUUUUCAUAUGACGUGUUCUCAGUGUCGGUUCGAGUUUUGCUGGGAGUGCCUAGCGGACUGGACUGCCAUCUUCAAUGCGGCCACCGGGGAGAUCCGAUCUGACGCUCAUCGAGAAGGGUGCUAUUUCAGGGGAGCGGGUGCGGUGUUGCCAACUCAGGUCAUGGGUAGCACACUAGCAAGGGGUUUGAGGAGGUUGGAGCAACAGGCUGCUCCUGCUCCUGCUCCUGCUGUCCCAGCUGCCGUGUAA